UUAUAGUUUCAGAUGCGCAAAGAAACGCACAAACCACCACUUGCCGGAAUAGAAAUCAAGAAAAGUAUGCGGAACUUGUUGGUCUCACUCUCCUCCGACUCCGAUGCCGGAAUCAUCCCAUCUGAUCACCGGAAAAUCCCUUUUUCCGAUGUCGUCGUUUCCAACACUAGAAGCCUUUUCUGGGGACGACAAUGGCGGACCAUCGACAUCCAAGUCGCAAUCUGGGUUUCUACUGUUCAUCUGCUCUCACUUUUUGCUCCCUUUACUUUCUCUUGGGAUGCCUUCUUCCUCGCAUUUUCCGGCUAUCUUCUCACCGGACUUCUUGGCGUAACCCUAGCUUACCACCGCCUUCUUGCCCACCAUAGCCUCAAACUCCCCAAAUGGCUCGAGUACACGUGUGUUUAUUUUGGCGUUCAAGCCGCCCAGAGGGAUCCGAUAUUUUGGGUGAGCAUGCAUAGAUAUCAUCAUCAAUACGUCGACUCAAACAAAGAUACCCACUCUCCGAUCUCCGGCUUCUGGUUCAGUCAUAUGGGUUGGCUCUUCGACAGCGGGUAUAUUCUUGAAAAGUAUCAAGAACGUAAAAAUGUCGAAGAUUUAAAGAAACAACCGUUCUACAUGUUCAUAAGAAAAACGUACAUGUGGCACAUCCUCGGGCUCGCAGCUCUCUUGUAUGCCGUUGGUGGAUUUCCGUACCUCGUUUGGGGAGUGGGUGUCAGGAUUGUUUGGGUUUACCACCUCACGUUUCUAGUGAACUCUGCUUGUCACAUUUGGGGAAGCCAGUCUUGGAACACGGGUGAUCUCUCCAAGAACAACUGGUGGGUGGCAGUGCUAACUUUCGGAGAAGGAUGGCAUAACAAUCACCACGCUUUUGAGUAUUCUGCUCGACACGGAUUGGAGUGGUGGCAAGUCGACAUUUCUUGGUACAUCAUACGGUUUCUUGAAUCUGUAGGAUUGGCCACCAAUGUCAAACUGCCAACCGAGGCCCACAAGCUUAAAAGAUCAUUGAACAAUUCUGCUGAUACGUUCAAAUGAUCUAUCGUUUUGAUUCAUCACACGAAUUAUACCGUUAAACAGCAUGCACACUGAGAUAUGCGAUUUAUACCUAUAAAUGCGUGUAUAUUAGUUUUUGUCCGCUCGUCACUUCUUUCUUUGAUUCGAAAGGCCGUAGUCUAUGCUUGGCUAGUUUUAGCUGCAAAUAAAACGAAAAGUUGAUCUGAUUUAUAUAUACCCGUAAUUUUAAUU